AGUAAAGCAGAGGCAGCGGGGGAAGAUGGCGGCCGCCGUUCCACAGCGGGCUUGGACCGUGGAGCAGCUGCGCAGCGAGCAGCUACCCAAGAAGGACAUUAUCAAGUUUCUGCAGGAUCACGGUUCAGAUUCGUUUCUUGCAGAGCAUAAGUUAUUAGGAAACAUUAAAAAUGUGGCCAAGACAGCUAACAAGGACCAUUUGGUGACAGCUUAUAACCAUCUUUUUGAAAGCAAGCGUUUCAAGGGUACUGAAAGUAUAACUAAAGUGUCUGAACAGGUGAAAAAUGUGAAGCUUAAUGAAGAUAAACCCAAAGAAACGAAGUCUGAAGAGACUCUGGAUGAGGGUCCACCAAAAUAUACAAAAUCUGUUCUUAAAAAAGGAGAUAAAACCAACUUUCCCAAAAAGGGAGAUGUUGUUCACUGCUGGUAUACAGGAACACUACAAGACGGGACUGUCUUUGAUACUAACAUUCAAACAAGUUCAAAGAAGAAGAAAAGUGCCAAGCCUUUAAGUUUUAAGGUUGGAAUAGGCAAAGUUAUCAGAGGAUGGGAUGAAGCACUCCUAACUAUGAGUAAAGGAGAAAAGGCUCGACUGGAGAUUGAACCAGAAUGGGCUUAUGGAAAGAAAGGACAGCCUGAUGCCAAAAUUCCACCAAAUGCAAAACUUAUUUUUGAAGUGGAAUUAGUGGAUAUUGACUGAGACAGUAAAGAACAGCAACAAUAAAACUGACCUUGAGAAAAUUUAUGUAUCUUAUUACAGCUGGUUACUAUAAGGAAAGAGUCAACUGGAAAAUUCAAGAAGUUACAGCUUGUUUACUUGAUGCUCAACCUUUAAGAAAUGUAAUCUGUUAUAAAUCCUUUAAGUUUAAAAUAUUUUACUACAGCUGUGUAAAAUAUUGCCUAAAGAGAACCGGUUUUCCUUUUACCCCGUAUGGUAAACUAAAAGGCUCAAUAAAAAUUUAUUCAAUCUCUA